AUGCAUAGUAUAUAUCUAGAGGAGGGGGCUAGAACUAGCAGGGAACCACAACGAAGAUUAAAUCCUAACAUGAUCGAAAUUGUAAAAAAAGAAAUUUUAAAGUGGCUGGCUGCUGAUAUUAUUUAUCCUAUUUCAGAUAGCAAAUGGGUUAGUCCUACACAAGUAGUGCCAAAAAAAUCAGGGAUCACGGUUAUAAAAAACAAAAAUGGGGAUGAAAUACAAACAAGAUUAACUACUAGUUGGAGGGUUUGCAUUGAUUAUAGAAAAUUAAAUUUAGUUACUAGAAAAGAUCAUUUUCUCCUACCAUUUACUGAUCAAAUUCUAGAAAAAUUAGCUGGAAAAAACUUUUUUUGUUUUCUAGAUGGAUACUCUGGUUAUAAUCAAAUUUAUAUAAACCCUUUAGAUCAAGAAAAAACAACUUUCACUUGUCCAUUUAGUACUUUUGCUUUUAAAUGCAUGCCUUUGGUCUGUGUAAUGCUCCAGCCACAUUUCAAAGAUAUAUGCUGUCUAUUUUUUCUGAUAUGA